AUGUCGGCUGGACGCAGCAUCACACCUUAUAUGCCUUCAUGGGGCUUGCGAGGAGGCGUGCAAACGGAGCGAUUGAGAAGAGGGACGUACCCGAGGCCAGUUUCACCACGAGACGCGAGAUUCACCGGAUUCCCCGACAUACCGAAGAGCUUGCAACGGAUGAUCGAGCCCGUCCAGGACGAGGAAGGAGCGCAUCGUCCAGUAGCGUGGAACCUCACAACUGUACCUGAACAAUUGGUGCAGUCGCUGGGAAAAAGAAAACCGCUCAAUGGAUCGUCUUCCGCGAUGGUUCGUGCUCUUUGCAUGUGGAAAUCAGUGGGUUCGAUCCUACAGCAGGUACAAAGGAGCGCGUGGGCACCGGGUUGACAGCAUUUGGAUCAUCUCGAAGCUGCGUGGAAGAAGAGAGGGCGAUUUGGACGAACAGAUGGAAUUCGGCGUGAUGAAAUAGAGAAAUUGAAGAGCGGAUUCUGGGCCGUUUCGUCUGCGCAUCGCCCAGAUCACGCAUACUUUACUGCACAAAUAGCGCGAUUCUGUGAAAGUAAGAGGUUGGCCCUACCGGCAUUAUUUUAACCAACAGC